UAUUACGAUUGGCGCGUGAGAACAGGCGCCAUUUCAAAUUUCUCGUAGGCAUAGGCUACGCUUUAUUCCAAAGCUAUUUGUACAUACGGAGCAGCAACUCCAUGAUCCAGCCUCCUUUCAAAAUGGAAGAAGAGACCUUUGAUUUCAGGAAUGAGAAAAAGACAGCAUCAUCCCCAGAACCCAGCUUUGUGUCUAUGAAGAGUAACAACUCCAUGAUUCAGCCACUUGUUUUCAGUGAUGGAAACGUGACCUCUGAUCUCAGUAUGGAGAAGGCCAAUUUGCUUCCGUUUAAAUGUCCACUAUGUGAGCAGCAGGUUCUGACCGAUCCAGUCUCCAUCACCUGUGGACACAGUUUUUGUAGGCAGUGCAUUAACCGGUUUUGGGAAAAAUCAAAUCAUUCAGAAGACUUCAGCUGUCCUCAAUGCAGAAAGAGAUUUAAAACACGUCCUGUUCUAUACAAGAUUACAUCAGAAACCGGUUCUGCCCAGCGUUCCAUCAAAUCAGCCCUGCCGGAUGACACUGUAGACCCUCAGCAGGAUGUUCACCAAUCACUGGAUGAUGUUUUGCAUAGAGUCAAAAAUCAACACAAAAAUAGCAUGAAGAUCAAAUAUGAGAGUUUAUUUGAGGGAAUCAAACUACAAGAGAAUCAAACCCUCCUAAAUAGGAUUUACACACAGCUGUACAUCAUAGAAGGAGAGAGCGAAGGGGUGAAUGAAGAACAUGAGGUUUUACAUAUGGAGAAAAACACCAAAACACAAGAUACUCAGAUAUUCUGCAAUGACAUCUUUAAACUCUUACCUGACUCAGGACGUGAGGAAAAGACGGACAAAAUCAAGAGCGUUCUUACUAAAGGCAUCGCUGGAAUUGGGAAAACCGUCUCUGUGCAGAAGUUCAUUCUGGAUUGGGCAGAGAAAGAAGCCAAUCAAGAUGUAGAUUUCAUGUUUGUGCUUCCAUUUCGAGAGCUGAACUUGAUUCAAGAUGAUCAGUACAGUCUUCACAAACUUCUCCUCGACUUUCAUCCUGAACUUCAAGAUCUUGACUCAAAGAUUUAUGAUGAGUGUAAAAUUGUGUUCAUCUUUGAUGGUCUGGAUGAAAGCAGACUAACCCUGAAUUUUGCAGGCCGUAAGAAAAUUUCUGAUGUGACUGAGACUUCAUCAUUGGGUGUGUUGAUGUCAAACCUGAUUAGGGGAGAUCUGCUUCCCUCCGCUUACAUCUGGAUCACCUCCAGACCAGCGGCAGCCAAUCAGAUUCCCUCGAAAUACAUCAACCGUGUGACAGAAAUUCAGGGAUUCAAUGAUCCUCAGAAGGAGGAAUAUUUCAGGAAGAGAAUCAGUGAUGAAAAUCAAGCCAGCAGAAUCAUCUCACACAUUAGAGGAGCGAAAAGUCUUCACAUCAUGUGUCACAUACCAGUCUUCUGCUGGAUCUCAUCUACCGUACUUCAAAACAUCCUGGAACGUGAUCACGGUGCAGAAAUCCCCAAAACUCUGACUGAAAUGUACAUACACUUCCUUCUCAUUCAGAUGAACAUAAAGAACCAGAAGUAUGAAGAGAAAGAUGAGAAAGAUCCAGAGGUACUCCUGGAAUUAAACAGAGAAGUGCUUGUAAAACUUGCUGAAUUGGCUUUCAGACAGCUAAUGAAGGGUAACGUGAUGUUUUAUGAGGAGGACCUAAAAGAGUGCGGCAUAGAUCUCACCGAGGCCUCUGUGUAUUCUGGGAUCUGCACUGAGAUCUUCAAAGAGGAACCUGUUAUUUUUCAGAGGAGAGUUUAUUGCUUCGUACAUCUGAGCUUUCAGGAGUUUUUUGCUGCAUGUUUUGUGUUUUUAUCCUAUUUAAAGAAGAACUCUAAGGUUAUGAAAAUGUUUCUUAGAGGAAAGUACAAAACUGGAUGUAAGAACAUUCCCCUGGAUGUGUUUCUGAACGGAGCAGUAAAUAAAGCCUCAAACAGUAAAAACGGACACCUGGAUCUUUUCCUCCGAUUUCUUUUGGGCAUCUCACUGGAGUCCAAUCAGAGACUUUUACAGGGUCUGCUGACACACAUAGAGAAAAGCUCCAAAAGCCUUGAGAAAGUGAUUCAAAACCUCAAACGUGUUAAAAAAAAUAACAUUAGCCCUGAAAGAUGGAUAAAUCUGUCGCAGUGUUUGCUUGAAAUGAAAGACGAUUCUGUUUCGGAAGAAAUUCAGAGUUUUUUACAGUCCAGCGUGAAUAAAAACCUCUCUCUUGCACAAUGUUCAACCUUGGCAAAUAUGAUCCAGUUGUCAGAGAAGGGGCUGGAUGAGCUCGACCUUACAAAGUUCAAGAUAAGAUCUGUGGAUGGUCGUGAGAGGCUCGUACCUGCUGUGUGGAACUGCAGAAAAGCUAUAUUUGGGAGCUGUCAGUUUACAAGCAGUUGUUGUGAAGUCUUGAGAUCAGCUUUACAAUCAUUAAACUCUUCACUGAGAGAGCUGGACCUGAGUAACAAUGACCUGCAGGAUUCAGGAGUCAAGCUCAUCUCUGAUGGACUGAAGAGUUCAAACUGUCAGCUGGAGAUAUUGAGACUAUCUGGCUGUAUGGUGACAGAUGUAGGUUGCAGUUAUCUGGCUUCAGCUCUGACUUCAAACCCAUCACACCUGAGAGAGUUGGAUCUGAGCUACAAUCACCUUGAAGACUCAGGGCAUAAACUGCUCUCUGAUAGACUGAAUGAUCCAAACUGCACACUGACCAAACUCAAUGCCGAUCAUGGGGGAAAGAUCAGGAUUACACCAGGGCUACGAAAAUAUGCCUGUUAUCUCACACUGGAUCCAAACACAGCACACACGUAUCUCAUACUGUCUGAGAACAACAGAAUGGUGAAAUAUGUGAGAGAAGAACAGGAGUACCCUUAUAACCCGGAAAGAUUUGAUUCAAAGCCUCAGGUGUUGAGUAGAGAGAGCCUGACUGGACGCUGUUACUGGGAGGCUAAAUGGAGCGGAGAGGCCGAUAUAUCAGUGGCUUACAAGGGAAUCAAUAGGAAAGGAGAGAGUGACAGUGAGUUUGGACACAAUGCCGAGUCCUGGAGUUUAUAUUGUUCUGAUGACAGAUUUGUUGUCUGGCACAAUAAUGAGAAAAAUGCAAUUCCUGUCCGUUCAAACUCCAUUGACCGAGUAGGAGUUCAUCUGGAUUGGCCGGCGGGAACUUUGUCCUUCUACGGCGUCUCUGACACACUAACCCUAACACACUUCCACACAUUCAACACUACAUUCACUGAACCUCUCUACGCUGGAAUUGGGCUUUAUCAUCUCACCUCAGUGUCACUUUUGUGAGGGAUUUCGAAUGCACAUACUUGCACAUAUACACACCUUCAAAGGUCCCAAAUAUGUUUCACGGUCCGAAUGCAGCAUAUGUAUGUACAGUGCAUGUGUAUAUGCUCUACAAAACUUUCUACAAAAGUGUAAUUUCCAAGAUGGUGAUGUUUGAGCAAACUCUUACUUUUUAAUGGCACAGCACAGGAAUGUGCGACAAGGCAAUAUUAUGACAGCUAUGUCUAUCUUUGGAAUAAUUGGUUGUGCAUUAUUAGGUGUACACAAUGGCACUUUGUCUUACUGUAUUAAAUGACACCGCAUUUUGUUUGCUUACUCAUAAGGUCUCUCCCGGGAAACCACUUAGCUAAUUUCUUUGUUUAGAUUGUUUAUUCAUAUCCUCAUAUUUCCUCCAGAGCAACGUAAACGGAUGAAAACCUACGUUCGAUGCAUCUGUCCCUUUUAUUUUAACUUUAUGCACGCUGCAUAUAUACACCUUUGUAUUCUUGUGUUGUCUUUAUGUUGUAUAUAUGUUCUUUUAUAUGUACUUGUUAUGUAUAACAAGUUUUUAAUUAAACAAUGAGAUUAUUGAAUAA